AUGAAGUUCUCUACCUCGGUCAUUCUCCCCCUUCUACCUGCACUCUCCACAGCAGCAGUGAUACCGCGCCAGAAUGGCGAUGGACCACAGGGUAGCACAGACUCGACACAGGGUGAUCUUGGAGCACGACCUCCCCCCAGAUUCCCUUUUCCGGUCACAAAGUUCCCCGUUCCGACUGAGACUGUUGUGCUUAAAGAGGCCAUGUACAUUGCUGCUGGCCAGGUCUUCGAUGGACAAAUGAAGCGAUACGAGCGUGUUGAGGGUAGCUGCAGUGAGCAGGCUGAGGGAACCGACGCGGAUGCUGUCUUCAACUUACUUCCUGGUGCUACAAUCCGGAACGUGAUUAUUGGUAAACACCAGAGUGAAGGUAUCCAUGCUCUCGGAGAUGCCUGGGUGGAGAAUGUGUGGUGGGAGGAUGUAUGUGAGGACGCACUUACAUCUAAGGGCCUAAACACCCAACUCCGCGUCAUCGGCGGAGGCGCACGCAACGCCACCGACAAGAUCUUCCAGGACAACUCGCUAGGAGGCAAAGUCAACAUCACAGGCUUCUACGCCGAAAACUUUGGUACUUUCUAUCAAUCCUGCGGAAACUGCCUCAACCAGGCGAAGCGCAACGUCACCAUCCAAAACGUCAUUGCCGUAAAAGGCACAAGAAUGGGUAUAAUCAACCCCAACUACGGCGACGAAUACCGCAUCAAAGAUUCCCAAGUCACAGAUGUCGACCGGUACGUCGACAAGGAGAUUGGCAACAAUGUCCAAACAGUUCCUUAUACGGUUGGAACUGGGCCCGAUGAGAAAUAUGCGCUGUAUAAUUUGACGCGCGACCAUGUUACGGAGUUUGAGGGGGAGAUUUUGAAUCAGUAUGUGCCGGAGGAGCCGUAUGAGUGGCUUGGUACUUACUGGAAGGAGGGUACUGGUACGGACUGA